UGGAGCCGCAGAAAUGGUUGGCCCUGGCUGCAGAUGGGAAUCUGGAAUCUCUCUGAAAUACAUCUUGGAAUAAUUGUGUUUGACCGGAACCAAAUCUUAUGAAGUCUCCAAGGAUGCGAGUGUGUGCCAGGUUGAUGUUGCUGUCACACUGGCUCUUCCUGGCCUACGUGUUGGUGGUGUGCUGUAAGCUGACGACCGCCUCUAGCCAGCACCUCCGGGGACACGCAGGUCAUCACCAGAUCAAGCAAGGGACCUGUGAGGUGGUUGCCGUGCACCGAUGCUGCAAUAAGAACCGCAUAGAAGAGCGGUCACAGACGGUCAAGUGCUCCUGUUUCCCUGGACAGGUGGCUGGCACGACCCAGGCCCAGCCUUCGUGUGUCGAAGCGUCCAUCGUGGCUCAGAAAUGGUGGUGUCACAUGAAUCCUUGUUUGGAAGGAGAGGACUGCAAAGUACUGCCAGAUUACUCAGGUUGGUCCUGUAGCAGUGGCAAUAAAGUCAAAACUACAAAGGCAAGUAUAGACAAAACCACAACUGUCAUCUUCAACUCUAGUGCCUUGUGA